AUGGACGGACUGGCCAAUUUUCACUUCCAGCAAAGCGUUUCUAGUAGCAAAUAUGUUAGAGAGGAAACUUCUUACUUGGAGAUGUUCUCUUACUCGGAUCCAACCUUAAACACAAUCGAAGAACAUCCGUUGGACCCAGAAGGGAUAAUCGACUUUGUAAAUCGAAGCGGUACUUUUCAAGAACGUAUUCUUCCAGAUGGUGUAACAUUGAUAGGUGGAAUGCGUCUCCUUCUGCAGAAGAAUUCUCGUCAUCCUGAGACAUUCGCCCCAAACUCUAUAAGUAUAGAGCCGCAAAUCUACACCGCAAUGAUCAAUGGCCUCCAGCUACCGCCAGAAGCAAUCGAGAUGUCCGCAUGUGUUGGGCCUUUAUUCUGGUCGUCGUAUGUCAAGAGUGAUCAGGAUUCAAACUUACACUUAGUGUAUAGAAAAUCCGAUGUGCGCAAGAAAGGUUAUACCCGAGGUUGGGAGUUGAUCCUUGGCCAUAACAUAAAUACUGCUAUCACCACGGGCUUUCUGAAGGGAACACCAAGCUCAGAUAUAGUAGAAUGCAUCAAGCACCUCAAGAGUGGUAUCGCAGAUAUCAGUCAUCCGCUAAUACUCCCGCUGAUAAUACUCGGCCACGAUUCGUCAUCCAAAGCAGAAAUCAAGCAAAGGGAAGCGCGAGACUGGCUACGCCGACUCGAAUAUGCAAUUAUCGCUAGAAGAAUGACGGACCCAGACCUGGAAAACUAUGUAGAGAAUGGGGUCAUGGACGUGGAAGCUAUCAAUCGAGACUUGACGGAGUGCAACAGCCAAGUUUUAUGGAAGCGGCCGGAAGCUUAUCUGAGAAUUGUGGAAUCCAUGGAGCUUACUGCGACAAAAUUCAUCAAUAUUCUAUCCGUCUCUAGACGGAAUGAAAGUAUAGAAAUACUACAAACCCGGAUUUUGUCCAGACUAGAUCUGUAUCGUAAGAAAUGGCAGGGCAUGGAAACAUACUCCAAUACUACCUUGAAGAGACUUGACCUUCAACGAGCUGCAUUCACCACUUUGAUCGCUCAAAGAGAAAGCAAACUCAAUUUCGAAAUGGCAGGCGACCAAAAGAGACUCGCUUGGGCGACAAAACGCGACUCUUCAUCAAUGAAAGGGCUCUCACUUUUAGCAACAGUUCUCCUUCCAGGCGCAUACCUAUCGUCAAUAUUCUCAACGACAUUCUUCAAUUUUCAAAACGCCCAAGAUAUGACAUCAGUAAUCUCCCCACGGUUUUGGAUAUACUGGGUUGUCACUGUUCCUGUGACAUGCUUGAUUGUAGGUUUGUGGUAUAUGUGGGAGAAACGAAGGAUGAUGAGGUAUGAGAGAGAAGAUAUGGACCUGGACGACGGUGCUGCGAAGAUGGAGGAAGCGAUAAUGGCGGCAAUGAGAAAGAGGACGAUGUCUAAAACCCCCGUCUAG